AUGUAUUUAGGUGAACGCAGUGCUAUUCAGUUAAUAUCUAUCUAUCUAUCUAUCUAUCUAUCUAUCUAUCUAUCUAUCUAUCUAUCUGUCUGUUCUAUGAAAGAAGAAAAUAGCAAAAAGUGGGACGAAGAAAAAGAGAGAGAGUUUAACAUUCUUCUUCUUCUUCUUCUUCUUCUUCUUCUUCUUCUUCUUCUUCUUCUUCUUCUUCUUCUUCUUCUUCCGCCGCUGUUAUUUUCUCCAUUUUUACUGAGCUUCUUAAUCCAUGACUUGAUGUACUCCCUCAUACGCCUUAUCCCAUCCACAUGGCAUAAAUCAAGACAAGAGAGGUUCCUGUUUGAAAAAGGAAUAAGUGAAAUGCUUGCUUUCUUUCUUUCUUUCUUUCUUUCUUUCUUUCUUUCUUUCUUUCCACGCUAUUUUUUUAUAUUUCUGUACACAGCAUUACUUUGUGCCACGGACGGAAGCUACACACGCACACACACACGCACACACACACAUCUAUCUAUCUAUCUAUCUAUCUAUCUAUCUAUCUAUCUAUCUAUCUAUCUAUCUAUCUAUCUAUCUGUAUACUUAGGAUUUCUAUCAUCUCUUUUUCGUUUGACUUUUUCCUGUUCUUCCCCACUCCUUUUUAAAGAAAAACUCAGUUUUCUCUCUCUCAUUCUUUCUCUUUUUCCCUUUUUCUCUCAUCUCCCACUCCCAUUCUUUCUCUUUUUCCCUUUUUCUCUCAUCUCCCACUCUCAUUCUUUCUCUUUUUCCCUUUUUCUCUCAUCUCCCACUCUCAUUCUUUCUCUUUUUCCCUUUUUCUCUCAUCUCCCACUCUUUCUUUCUCUUUUUCCCUUUUUCUCUCAUCUCCCACUCUCAUUCUUUCUCUUUUUCCCUUUUUCUCUCAUCUCCCACUCUCAUUCUUUCUCUUUUUUCCUUUUCUCUCAUCUCCCACUCUCAUUCUUUCUUUUCCUUUUUUUCUCAUCUCCCACUCUCAUUCUUUCUUUUUUCCUUUUCCUUUUCUCUCAUCUCCCACUCUCAUUCUUUUCUUUUUUUCCCUUUUCUCAUCUCCCCUCUCAUUCUUUCUCUUUUUCCCUUUUCUCUCAUCUCCCACUCUCAUUCUUUCUCUUUUUCCCUUUUUCUCUCAUCUCCCACUCUCAUUCUUUCUCUUUUUCCCUUUUUCUCUCAUCUCCCACUCUCAUUCUUUCUCUUUUUUCUCUCGUGUCCUCUCUAAUCAUAUUUAUCUUUCUCAUUCUAUUCAUAUCUAUCUAUCUAUCUAUCUAUCUAUCUAUCUAUCUAUCUAUCUAUUGCAUUCUAUUUAAUGAACGUAUAUUCGUGUACUCUAUCUAUCUAUCUAUCUAUCUAUCUAUCUAUCUAUCUAUCUAUCUAUCUAUCUAUCUAUCUAUAUAUGCGCAUGGACAUAGAUAUAUAGAUAUAAAUCCAUUCACAUGGCUUUAUUGCCUUGCUUGGGAUGAAAUAUUUAAAAAACUAAAACAAAACAAAUUUAUUUUACAUCUAUCUAUCUAUCUAUCUAUCUAUCUAUCUAUCUAUCUAUCUAUCUAUCUAUCUAUUAACGUUUUAACAAAUAAACCAAUAAAAAAAUUCUAA